AUGGUUUUUUUCUUGAUGAACCUUUACUGCCUUUGGACUCUCAGGUAUCCAAUGCACCAUCCCCGAGAAGGUUGUUACGGAGACAAGGAUGAAUUCCCUGGUGUGAGGACGUAUGGAGUCCGUGAAACAGAUGAGACGUACGAUGUAUAUUGCUAUGCAGAGGAAAUGGAAGGAAAAGUCUUCUAUGCCACCUCCCCGGAGAAGUUCACCUUCCCAGAAGCUGCCGAGAAAUGUCACCGCCUUGGGGCCCGUUUGGCAACGACCGGAGAACUCUACCUGGCCUGGAAAGAUGGCAUGGACGUCUGCAGUGCUGGCUGGCUGGCAGACCGCAGUGUUCGGUACCCCAUUUCCAAGCCGCAUCCCAAAUGUGGAGGCAACCUGGUAGGAGUACGGACAGUGUACCUCUACGAUAACCAGACAGGAUAUCCUCACCCCCAUUCCCGCUAUGAUGCCAUCUGCUACACUGGUGAUGAUUUUGAUGGGAUCGUCCAUGAGAACAUCACCGGUGAGACCACUGGAGAAUUGGGCAGUGGCUUCACCAUCCAGACAGUCACCCGGAAAGAUGUGGAGCUCUACUUCCCACGCAAUGUCACAGAAGAAGAAGCCCGGGGCAGCAUCGCCACCUUGGAACCAAUAGACUUUACAGCCACGGCUUCAGAGCCAGACGAAGGCUUCACAGCGACCCCAGACAUCUCUGCAACUGACACUACCGACGAGGCAGAGAACAAGACUGAGAUAGGGAUUUGGGAGAGUCUAGAAAAUGCUACUGACUCAAUCCUGGACACUCUUCUCACAACUGAUACGCCAGAGGUGAGCUCGGUGGAAGAGACUUUGUGGGCUACGGCCACACCAGAACUCGAGUCGGCCUCUCCAUUUACAGUAGAGGAUCAAAUUUUGGCAGGGACAGCAGCUCCUGGGAUUGGACACAUCCCAUCCACAUCCUCCACAG